UCCCCAAAAAAAUUAGAGGUGAGUUUUCUGUUUAUCAGAGCGGAGAAUCAUGCAAAAUCAUAUAAAAUUCAUUUUUCUUUCUCAUAUUAUUUUCAUUAGCAUCGGUUUUGCCACUGCCUCUAGGUGUGGCUACACAGGAAAUUUUACAUCUAAUAGUACCUAUGCCAAUAAUCGGUACCAAAUCCUCUCUUCUCUGGCUCCCAACGUCUCUGCAAAUGGUGGUUUCUUCAACAACAGCAUCGGCCAAGAACCCUACAAAGUAUACGCUCUUGGGCUUUGCAGAGGAGAUGCUGCACCAGAGUAUUGUUUCGAUUGUAUCAGCUCCACCAGUCAACAACUCAUGGCAGAGUGUCCAAACCAGAAAGAAGCAACUCUUUGGGCACUUAAAGGUCAAUGUCUUGUACGCUACGCAAACCGCUCUUUUUUCGGAAUACUGGAGCUAGAUCCUAUGGAUUAUGGCGAUAUUAUCAAUUCUUCAAAUAUAACAGAGUUUGAUCAGAAAUGGGAUGAUUUGAUGGCAAGGGUGAUCGACAGAGCUUCAAGUGGCUCUUCCAGGAUUAAGUAUGCAACGGAGGAAGUGAGACUGACUCAGUUUCAGGACAUACAUGCUCUGAUGCAGUGUACUCCAGAUCUGUCUCAGAGUGACUGCCGUUCCUGCCUGAGAGAAAACGUAGUUAGUUUUAAAAGUUACUGCCAUGGGAAGCAUGGAUGUUCUGUUCAGAGACCUAACUGUUAUUUGCGGUCGGAUUUGUCUCCCUUUUACAAUGCUUCUGCGUCUCCUCCAGCUCCUCCACCUCCGUCACUGUCUCCUCCUCCAUCUCCAUCCAGUAAUUCUCCUCCAGGGACAACCAAUACAACAAAUGCAAACAAUGAUGAUGAUGGCGGCGGCAUUGAACCUGGAACUAUUGCAGCUAUUGUUGUUCCUACAGUUACUUUCAUCGCAUUUCUUGCCCUCACUUGCAUCUUUCUGAUCCAAAGGAGAAAGAAGCGCUAUCAGGAGGUUGAAAAUGCAGAUGAAGUUGAGAGUGUGAAAUCCUUGCAAUUUGACUUGGCGACGAUAAGAAAUGCAACUGAUAACUUUUCUGAUGCAAAUAAGCUUGGACAAGGGGGAUUUGGUGCUGUUUAUAAGGGUACACUGCCAGAUGGACAAUAUGUAGCGGUGAAGAGGCUGUCUAGACAUUCAAGUCAAGGAGAAGUAGAAUUUAAGAAUGAGGUGUUGUUAAUGACAAAGCUUCAACACAGGAAUCUCGUCAAGCUUCUGGGUUUCUGCUUGGCAGGAAAUGAAAGGCUUCUCAUUUAUGAGUUUGUGCCUAACUCGAGCCUUGAUCACUUCCUAUUUGAUCCGACAAAGCGUGCUUUAUUGAAUUGGCAAAUUCGCUACAGAAUUUUUGGGGGCAUUGCUCGAGGGCUUCUUUACCUUCAUGAAGAUUCUCGACUGCGAAUUAUUCAUCGUGAUCUCAAAGCAGGGAAUAUAAUGUUGGAUGAAGAAAUGAGUCCCAAGAUUUCGGAUUUUGGAAUGGCAAAGUUGUUUGAAGUGGAUCAAACUCAAGACGCUACAAGCAGAGUUGUGGGAACCUAUGGAUAUAUGGCUCCCGAGUAUGUAAGGCACGGACGCUUCUCCGUUAAAUCUGAUGUGUAUAGCUUUGGUGUAUUGGUUUUGGAGAUCAUCAGCGGUCAAAAGAUCAAUCGUUUCCGUUAUAGGGAAGAGGCUGAGGACCUCCUAACCUUCGCUUGGAAAAACUGGAAUGGAGGGACAGUGUCAAAUUUGAUAGAUCCGACACUGAGGGUUGGUUCGAGAAGUGAAAUGGUGAGAUGUAUCCACAUUGGACUCCUCUGUGUUCAAGAAAAUGAAGCCAGUAGACCAACCAUGGCUUCAGUUGUUCUAAUGUUCAGCAGCUCAUCCGUUUCCCUCUCAGCACCCUUGAGACCUGCCUUUUUCAGCGGCACUUUUGUCGAUUCUGAGGCAUCAGCAUCAACAACAACAGCAGAUCAAUCUGUUAAAUUCACCACCAAUGAGGCUUCAAUCACUGACUUAGUACCUCGAUAACGCACAAGGAUGGAGGCAGUGACAUGAGGUAUUAUAUAUGCAGGGAAAUUCUUCCUGCAUCUUCGUUCAUUGACAAUGCUGCUGGAAAAAAGUUCGUCUCUUAAAUGGUACGAGUCAGUAGUGAAUGCAGUUCCUUUGUUAGUCCUUAUCUCGAUGAUUGUUUGAGUUAAAGCUGCUGCUGUGCAGUGGUGUCGUUUUUAUUCUGAUCACUCAUAGUAGUUGGUUAGAAUUUUUUCUUCGUUCGGUCCAGUUAAAUGUUUGUUAGUUUUUCUUAAUUCUGAUUGCACAAGAAUGUUCUUAUGCUUCUAUUUAACAACAGAAAUAAAUGAGUUUGGUGGCUUUUGCUUUAU